AUGGCGCUCGCGUGCCUGCUCAUCCUGUCCGCGUCGGGGGCGACCUACGCCUUCGGCAUCUACUCCACGGCGCUCAAGUCGUCGCUGGGCUACGACCAGCGCACGCUCAACACGCUCGCCUUCUUCAAGGACCUCGGCAGCAACGUCGGCGUCGUCGCCGGCCUCCUCAACGAGGUCGCGCCGCCCUCGGCCGUGCUCGCCGUCGGCGCGGCCAUGAACCUCGCCGGCUACCUCAUGGUCUACCUCGCCGUCGCCGGCCGGACCGCGCGCCCGCCGCUCUGGCUCAUGUGCGCCUACGUCUGCGCUGGGGCCAACUCGCAGUCCUUCGCCGGCACCGGCGCGCUCAUCACCUGCGUCAAGAGCUUUCCAGGGAGCGGCCGCGGGGUCGUGCUGGGCCUGCUCAAAGGCUACGUCGGCCUCAGCGGCGCCAUCCUCACGCAGCUCUACCUCGCCAUCUACGGCGGGGAGGACUCCAAGUCCAUCCUGCUGCUCAUCGCCUGGCUCCCCGCAGCCGUAUCCGUCGUCUUCCUCCCCGUCGUUCGCGUGAAGCCGCCGCCGCCGCCGCCGCCUAGACGAAACGACGACGGCGCUUUCUUCUGCUUCCUCUACAUCUCCGUCGCCCUCGCCUCCUACAUACUCGUGAUGAUCGUCGUCCAGAAGCAGAGCAGCUUCUCGCACGCUGCCUACGCCGCGUCGGCCACCGCGCUGCUCAUUCUCCUCAUCCUUCCCCUGCUCUCCGUCGUCCAAGAGCCUCCGCCAAAGCCCCCGACAUCGACAUGGGUGACCGCCGAGAAGCCAACCGUUGAAGUCGUGCAAGUGGCAGAGCAUCCGCCGCCAACGUCGCCGUCGUCUUCUUCUUGCCUCGGCUCUUGCUUGAAGCACAUGUUCAACCCGCCGGCGCACGGGGAGGACUACACCAUCCCUCAGGCGCUAGUGAGCGUGGACAUGCUGGUGCUGUUCCUGGCCACCAUCUGCGGCGUGGGCGGGACGCUGACGGCGAUCGACAACAUAGGCCAGAUCGGGCAGUCGCUGGGGUACCCGGCACAGAGCAUCGGCACCUUGGUCUCCCUCGUCAGCGUCUGGAACUACGCCGGACGGGUCACGGCCGGGUUCGCGUCCGAGGCCCUGCUGGCGCGGCACGGCGUCCCGCGGCCGCUCGCGCUCACGCUGGUGCUCCUCCUCUCCUGCGCCGGCCACCUACUCAUCGCCCUCGCCGUGCCGCGGUCGCUCUACGCCGCCUCCAUCAUCGUCGGCUUCUGCUUCGGCGCGCAGUGGCCGCUCAUCUACGCCAUCAUCUCCGAGCUGUUCGGGCUAAGGUACUACGCCACGCUCUACAACCUGGGCGCCGCCGCCAGCCCCGUGGGCGCCUACGUGCUCAACGUGUGCGUCGCCGGGCGGCUCUACGACGCGGAGGCGGCGAGGCAGCGAGGGGACGGCGAGAGCAGGACGUGCAUGGGCGUGCGUUGCUUCAGGGAGUCGUUCCUCAUCGUAACGGCCGUCACCGUGGGCGGCGCGCUCGUGUCGCUGGUGCUGGUGUGGAGGACGUGGAGCUUUUACAAGGGAGACAUCUACGCCAAGUUCAGGGAUGCCGUGGCCGUCCAGGAGUCGUCCGACGGUGCUUGCGCGGCUGAGCAGCGGCCGCAGGAGCCGAGUCAACACCGGUAA